CCCUUCUCCCUACCUCCUCUCGCUCCUGAAUUCCCCAUCCCACUCGUUCUCGUCUCGUCGCAGACCUAGACCUAGCCGCCGCACCUCGCUCGCCGACGGCGAACCUCCCUCGCCACGCGCCGCCGCACCGCGCUCCAGCCUCCGCGAAUCACGCUCCUCCUCCUCCUCCUCGUCGUUGCCAAGCUUUGUGGGUGGGUGGGGGGUUGAGCCGAACCCCCAUGCCCGACGUUAGGUCUGUCCCUGGGUCGUGAGGAUAUGGACCGCCACAUCGAUGAUAUAGCUGAAGAAGAAGAGACUGUCGUCGGAGUUGCGGAACACCCUGCUCCGGCUGGUUUUGAUGACCCCAAGGAAGAUGCUGCUGGAAUGCUCCUCGAUGAAACUAGGGCUGCACAGGAUCAUCCAACGGAUGACCGUGCUUCUCUCAUUGGAGGUGAUACCACGGUAACAGCUGCCCUUGGCGAUGAGCAACAUGGUCAGGAUACUGCUGGUGCUGCCUGCCGUGAUGGUAAUAAACCCGACCUGGAUGCUGCUGUUGGGGUGCAUUUCGAUGACAUUGCUGCAUCCGGGGUUGAUUCCAUACAGGUGGGUGCUUCCCUAAUUGACGACGCUAUCAAUAUGCUCCCUGUUGCAAGUGAACCUGGCUUUGAUGACCAGGGCGAGCAGGAGAUUGCUGGGGGUGGUCAUGGCCAAGCUGCUGCUGGUUAUGUACUUGGUGUGCAGGAUGACUAUCCUCAGAAUACUGUCAUUAAAGCUGGAGAUGAAGACAGCAAAGCAGACAAUGCUGAUGGUGCUCCAGAAGAAGUGGACACAGUUGCUCUUACUAGAGAUAACAGUGAGGAAAAAGGAGUCACCACAGCGGGUGAUGGUAGCGCAGAGGGAUUUCAAAUGGAUAUGCCUACCACAACUGGAGAUGAGGAUGAAGAAGAUGGCAAGUCUGCUCAAAAUGUUGUUGAGGAUACUGUCGGUGGUGCAGAAGAACUGGAAACUAUAGGCCUUACUGGAGAUGAUAAGGCAGAAAACGAAGCUGACACAGCUGGUGAUGAAAGUGCUGAUGAGGAGGGCAUGCAGAUGGCUGCGGUUACAGCAACUGGAGACGAGGAUGAAGAAGAUGACAAGGCUGAUGAAAAUGUUGUUGAGGAUGAUGCUGAUGUUCCAGAAGAACCUGUGGUUGGCACAGUUGGUGAGGAUAUCCCUGAAGAAGAUGCUGCGCAGAUAGAUGAGGACGAGGACGAUGACGACGAGCCUCCACCAUUGGCAAAGAAAGGUGGGGGGCGCCGGAAGCGAGGUCGUGCAUCUUCCAAGGCUCAGGUUGUGGUGAAACCAUCUGUUAAGAAGAAGGAUGAUGAAGAAGUCUGCUUCAUUUGCUUUGAUGGAGGUGACCUUGUUGUUUGUGAUCGUAGGGGUUGUCCCAAGGCUUACCAUCCUUCUUGUGUUAAUCGGGAUGACGAGUUCUUCAAAUCAAAGGGACGUUGGAAUUGUGGGUGGCAUAUUUGUAGCAACUGCCAGAAGCCUGCCCACCAUAUGUGUUACACAUGUACCUAUUCCUUAUGCAAAAAAUGCAUAAAAGAGACAAAGUUCGUCUGUGUUAAGGGAAAUAAAGGCUUCUGUGAGACAUGUAUGAAUACCGUGAUGUUGAUAGAGAACAAAGAGGAGGCAACUGAGCAAAUGGAUGUAGAUUUUGAUGACAAAACAAGCUGGUGGUAUUUGUUCAAGGAUUAUUGGUUGAAUUUGAAAACAAAAUUACCAUUGACAUUUGAAGAAAUAUCAACAGCCAAAUCUCAAAAGAAUGGUUCUUCAUCUGUUAUUCAUGACAAUGAUCUCAGUGAGCCGCUUGAUACUAAUGAAGAAGAAGAGGGUAAUUCAGACAGUUCAUCUGUGCGCCAUCUAGAAAGCAAUUCAAAGAGAAAGGGAAGGAAGAGAUCAAAGCAAGCUGCUAAUGAUGACAGCUCUGUAGGAAAAGAUGGCGCUAGGAAAUCUACAAAGCGAGGGCUAUCAGGUGGCCGUGAUGCUAAGAGUUCUUCUGGGAGAAAGGUUAGAAAAUUAUCCAAGCGUGCUUUGAGCACUGAUCAUCGACCAAGAGAAUCUGAAAGUGUAGGGACAUCUACAUCGUCAGCUGAAGAAAGCAGUUGGGCUUCGAAGGAGCUAUUGGACUUUGUAGCAAAUAUGAAAAAUGGUGACAAAUCUGUCCUGUCUCAAUUUGAUGUCCAAUCCCUCUUACUUGAAUAUAUCAAACGUGAAAAUCUCCGGGAUCCUCGCCGGAAAAGUCAGAUAAUUUGUGAUUCUUUGCUCAAAAGUCUUUUUGGGAAAACACGAGUUGGCCAUUUUGAGAUGCUGAAGCUUCUUGAAUCCCAUUUCCUCAUGAGUGAGGUCUCGCCAGUUGAAAUUGAUGACAACCAUGGUGGUGUUGUGGACCCUGACCCUAGCGUAGAUGCUGAUGGCCACAGUGAAGCAUCAAUUGUGAUGAGCUCAGAAAAAAGAAAAAGAUCCCGCAAGUAUGAUCAGAAAGCUCUGCAAUCGAACUUUGAUGACUACGCAGCAAUAGAUAACCAUAACAUUAGUUUAAUGUACCUGCGUCGCAACCUGUUGGAAGAGUUGAUCAGUGAUGUUGACACAUUUGAUGAGAAAGUUCUUGGGUCGUUUGUCAGAAUAAGAAUAUCUGGAACAGGUCAAAGGCAAGACAUCUAUCGACUUGUGCAAAUUGUUGGGACAGGAACAGCGCCGGAGCAGUAUAAAUGUGGGAAAAAGUCAACUGAUAUAACACUAGAGAUUCUAAACUUGGACAAGAGAGAGGUUAUUACUAUUGAUAUAACCUCAAAUCAAGAGUUCACUGAGGAGGAAUGCAAACGCUUACGGCAAAGUAUAAAGUGUGGAUUCAUUCCAAGGCUGACAGUGGGAGAAGUUUAUGAGAAGGCAAAGGUUCUACAAUCUCUCAAAGUCAAUGAUUGGAUCGAAAGUGAAAAGAUGCGGCUUGGGCACCUUCGUGACCGUGCAAGCGAUAUGGGCCGUAGAAAAGAGCUUAGAGAAUGUGUAGAGAAGCUGAAGCUUCUAAGUACUCCAGAAGAGCGUGCUCGUAGGCUAAAUGAAGAACCUGAAGUACAUGCUGACCAUACCAUGGACCCGGAUUAUGAAUCUCCGGAGGAACAGGAGCAGGAUACUGAAAGAAGCAGCUUCAACAAGUCAAGAGGUUCUUUCUUUAGGAAAGAUGCUAAUCCUGUAUCUCCAGGUAAAGGAGAGGGUAGGAGUCCUUCACAAAGAGAUUUAAAAACCAACUGGGAUUCUAACCGAAACACAUGGGGUGAAUCCAGUACAUCUAUCGAGUCACCCCUUGGACGCAGACCUGCAUUUUCUUCUCACAGUGAAAGUGCUGGUUAUACAAGUAAAUCAGAGAGCCCAAACAUUGGUUCACAUACAGUGAAAGUGGGGGCUACUGCUGGAGCUCCACAUGGUAGUUCAUCUGAAACUUUAGGAGCCAAUGUAGUGUCAGGGGGAACACAAGUAUCACAGUCAGCUAUUAACGAGUCUGAAAAAAUCUGGCAGUACACGGAUCCUACUGGUAAAAUCCAGGGUCCUUUCUCAAUAUUGCAGUUGAGGAAAUGGAACAGCAGUGGGUACUUCCCUCCUAAUUUAAAAAUAUGGAAGUCUACUGAGAAGCAGGAUGAUUCAAUAUUAUUGUCAGAUGCUUUGACUGGGAAGUUUGAGAAAGACCUACCUCCAUGGGAACCACCAGUUGGAAGCAGCUCAGAUAUUGACACUAGGCCUCGUAGUGAUCACCUUCUUGAGGAAGGCAUGAGAGCUGGACAACAGUCUUCAAAAUCAGCAGUUCUAAAUAACUCACAAUCUUUCUCAGGCAGGGUUGGUCAGGUGAAUGAUAUGACAAAUCUUGGACCAGCCACUAUCCAAUCUAGUACGCAAGGUUAUUAUGGAAUGCAUAACUCUCAAGCAGCUUAUGCAGUCCAACAAUCUAUUCCUGGAAGUACUGGAAGUUGGAACACACCCUCAAGUCAGUUUGGAACUACAAUAAAUCCUAUAACUCUAACUCUAUCUCAGCCUACUGUGGGAGGCUUAGCAGUUGGACAAAAUGCAGCUGUAGGAAGUGUAAGUCAGCUAACUCCUGUACCAGGUCCUGCUUCAGUGAGUGCAGAAGUUAUUUCACAACCACAGUCUCAGAACCAGAUAGCAUCUUUUUUAUCACAAAGUGAUGGCAGAUCAACUGAUGGAAAUGAUUCAAAGUUGGUGGAAGAUGCUUCACAUGAAAGGACGAGGUCAUUGGGUGAAGAUGCUGGACUAGCAGGUGCACAGGCUGGAGCAGUUCAAUCAAACGCUCAGCAACUUGAAGAUACGAGGAACCAGUUACAAACUGAUGCUUCCAACUUGGUAAAGCCAUUUCAGCUGAUAUCAACAUCUGCUGAAGCAGUGCAGCCGUCGUCCACAACCAUGGCUGGUGGUGAUAAUCAAAACAGUGGUUGGACACAAAUGUCCAGCACAUCUGGCCAACCUCAGGUGGCUGGAAAUAUGACCUGGGGAACUACCCUUCAAGGUAAUGCAAACAUGGGUUGGGGAAUGAUGGGACAGAACAACAUGAACAUGUCUUGGGGAGGACCAGCACAAAGCGCCACAGGCUACAACAUGGGUUUGACUAUGCAAGCACAGACGAAUGCAGUUCCAAACAUGGGCUGGGUUACACCAAAUCCAGGAAACACCAAUAUGAAUAUGAUCUGGGCUGCAACUCAAGGCCAAGGCACUCCAAAUGCAGCGGCUAUGGUGGGAACUCAGAUGCAAGGAGUUGCAAUGGCCCCAUGGGGAACCAUUGCACAAGGAAAUACAAAUUCUUAUCCUGGUUGGGGGCCCCAAGUUGGAAACAUGAACCAAAAUGCUGGAUGGGUUGCUCCGGUGCAGGGGAAUCCAGGACCCAGUACUGGAAAUGGGACAGGCCAAGGUAAUAACAAUAUGAACUGGAAUGCACCAAGCGGGAACCCAAAUUGGAAUAAUCAGCAACGAGACAAUGGAGGCAGGCAUUCUGGGCAUGGUGGUGAUUUUAAUGGUGGUGACUCGGGUGGGAGGUCAUGGAGGUCGCAGUCAGGUGGUGAUGGAGGAUCGUGGGGGCAUAGAAGAGGGGUCUGCUUUGCUUUCCUCGACAAUGGAUACUGCAGGAAAGGUGAAAACUGCAGAUAUUCCCAUUCAGUACCAAAUGAUGGAUAUCCAUCAAGAAACGAUCGUCACUUUGAUAGGCAAAAUUCAGGCAACGAGAGACGAUAUGACAGGCAAAAUGAGAGGGCUGAUCGGCAGUUUGAUCGGCAAUCUUCAGGCAACGAGAGGCAUGAUGAUAGGCACAACAGCAGGGAUAAUGACAGGCAUGACGACAGGCAUGAUGACAGGCAGGCUGAUAGGUCACAAUCAAGAGAGAGGCAGUAGAGAGCUGUUUUCAGUUUCAUCUGUUGUAUCUCCCUCCAUUUUGUUGUAUCUGCAGUAGACACACAUGCAUGUUUCUGAACCCGGUGCAUUGUAGCCAGUUGCAUAACCUCUGAAUUGCCAUGUAGAACAGUUGUACUUAUAAAUCAUGUGCAUCCUACCCUUCUGUUUUCUUGCUUAGAAACAAGUAAUACAUUCUGAAUAAAUCCUUGUGUUAGGUAGGAAAAAAAUGGGGGACUGAAAGGCCCUGGUGAUAUGCUCCAACCGUUUUACGCUGCUGGGGAUGCUUGUUGUACACAAUAGUUUUGUAUUGAGAUUAUUGUGUCGGUUCUGGGUUUGUAGGCCGUUCCCAUUCCUUAGUUCUGCUUGCAAUCUGGCGUUUCAGAUGCUGUUUUUUUUUUAUCAGUUCUCGAUUUGUUGGACGUUGGCGUUGUCGUUGCACUGCUGUAAAUACUUCUGGCAUGUGCUCUGUCUUCUAAAUUAAUUACUUUUGUGUACGUUCAUGAUCUUAUACAGGAGGGGUAUAGAAGCAUUCAAUGUGGCAUCCAGUCCAUGAGGCCAAGCUCAAAACAGAUAAUUCGACUUUGCUAGAUUGAGAAUUGAAAAGUGCUCUCUUUGUGAUCUAAAUGUGAGGGUUCACUUGAAGCUGGGAAAUCUCCGUUCUCCGUUAAAGUGUUGAGAAUUCAUGUGCUAAAAUAGACCAAUCAGUUUUGAGAAGACUGCAGGUCUCAGAAAUCUGGCAGCUUGCUUCUUUUCUUUGUUGCAUCUGAGAUUGAUGACCUUAACCUUUCACAUUAGUACCUGAA